CAUCCUCCUCGCAAACCGCGCGUGCAAUGUAUCCGAAGAAUCCAGCUGGUAGCGCGGCCCGCGAGAACCCGCGUCGUGUCCAAAAUGCCUCACGUCUAAACGAUGAGCGUCACGACUGCGGCAGGCACGGGGAAGAGUCUGAAAGAGGCCAAACGAAGGGAGAACAGAAACAAAAACAAAAGCUUCACAAGGAGAGGAAGAGAGCACUCGGGAGUGCAAUCUUGGCGGAAGAAAACAAGAAAGGCGACUGACCUGCCUUCCACGCCGCCGGUGCAUUUUAUGCAGUUUCGUCAUUGCGCCGCCGUGCAUGCAGUGUUGGCGAGUGACCCGCCGGCCCGGAGAACCGGCCGCGUGCAUAUAUGCUCCCGCUCGUCGCGUGGCGAGAACAUAUAGAAGCUCGCCGCUCUGCGCAUGCUCUCUGGCUGUCGGCCUUCGUGGAUACCGCUCACCACUGUGCUCGUCUAAACGCUCCAGCACCGGGCUUCGUCGGCUCCCAAGGUCAACCAUGCACGCGCCGCUGCUGGUCGUAGCGGUUCUUUACACUAUCGCCCUGUCGCACUCAUCAGCACACGUCGAAUGGAGGGAUUUCAUGAGCUGCCUGCAGCGGAGAUUCGGCCGGAGUUUCUUCCAGGAGCAGCACGCAGACUGCGCCGCCCGCAAGUUAUUCGUGAACUACAGGCGAUCGAUGUACUGCCAUAAUUGCAACGCCUACUUCCACUGCCAGGGCAACUACGAGGCAAUCUACGACUGCCAGCGCGACGGCCGCGCCCAAGAGGUGGCCGAGGCGUUCAGCGACUGCCGCGAGCAUUUGGAAGGCGCCGGCUCAGACAACCUCGUAUACAACGAGAUCGACUUGUACGGCCGCCAGGGAGGAAACUGCACUCAGGCCUACCUCGUCAACAGCCCCCGCUGCCACUACAUCCCCGCCACCGUUUUGUGCAACAACACGCGCAUCGAGCCAGAGUCCUUCGAAGAGGACGAGUCCUGAUCCACCUGAAUGAAUGAAUGAGUGAAUAAACCU